UUUACGGUAAGCGCCGGCCAAACUCGCCGCUGGCCCGUGUCGCGAUGUCGGGCGGUCGCCUGCAAAUCAAUUUCGUGCGACUUCUCGCAAGGUGCGAGUCGCUGGUCGCGGACAACAGAGGUCACGACUGGCGCCUCGACAAGUACAUUGGAGCGUUACAAGAUCAACUAGCCGAAUUGAAAAGGCAAGCGAGCAAACCAUCUCCAGAAUUGCUGAAGGAAUACACCACCAAAGUGGAGUUCCUAAAAGGACUUUUGCUGGCAGAAAAGCUGCCAACAGCAUCUGAGAAGGCUUUGGCAGCACAGUUGCUGGCUCCAGGACGUACGCCCACCACACCCAGUGAGGUUACACCGACUAGCAAGACUGCGCAUCUGCAGGCCAGCGCUCGCUAUCAUGGGGAGAUGCGUGACGAACUGCUGGGAUCCACCACCAACGAGUUUGGAAAUGGAGUAAGGAAACGAACUGCAGGAAGUGUGACGGAUAAUCAGCCGGCAGAUAUCGACGCGGUUUUGCAGCAUCACAACAACAUGCAAGAGAAGCUCGCAGAUGAGAUGCUGCUUCUUGCACGCAACCUCAAGAACACGUCACUUAUUGCCCACAACAUCAUCCAGCAAGACAACAAGACAAUGACGCAGUCGCUCAAGAUGGCGGACGUCAACUACGAGAAGCUGAAGGUGGAGUCAGAGCGUCUGGAGCAGCACACGAAGCGUGCUGCCAACUGGUGGAUAUGGAUCAUGCUGGUGGUCGUCUGCUUCAUCUUCAUCACGAUGAUCCUCUUCAUACGAAUCUUCCCCAAGCCCAGAUAACGCGGCCAAAAGAGCCUCGUGGAAGGCCGCUCGCCAGAGUACCACCGCAGCCUGCGCCCGAAACAUUCUGUUGCAAGUCGGCCCAGCACAGGACCCGUUAGGUUACGCUUGCUACAACAGCAGUGAGCCAUGAAAACAUUGACUUGCCCCUCCCCCCCCAAGUUAAAUAGGAAUCUUAAAUAAUAGUUAAUUGAACCUAUAUUGAUUUUAAGCUUUCGUGACUGCAGGAAUCCAUACUCUUUGGUUCUUUCGGUAAAGUCACGUAGGCAUAAAAUAAAUUGAACCUCUUUCUGUUUCAAAGUCAGUGAUUUUCUACUCCAAUACGCAUCGAGGUAUUGUGUAUCUCUCGUCUACAGCUCUGAGCCAGUGGUGAAAAUUCUGCUUUCCUAAGGGGGGGGCUAGUCCCGUGUUCUUCAUUGCAAGGCCCGCAGGCCACUGGCGGCCCCUGGUGGCCUUUAGUGCGACCCCUGACGUGUGCCCCACCCUCCAGCAAUACACAACACGUGGCACAACACGUGGCACAACACGUGACACAACACGUGACACAACACGUGACACAACACGUGGCACAACACGUGGCACAACACGUGGCACAACACGUGACGCAACACCCUUUGCAGACGGUGUGGUGGCCCUCACACUCAUGCAGCCUUAUUGGCGAAAGUGUGCCCCUGCCCCCCCCCUCUGAAAAUUAGUGAAGAACACUGGGCUCGUCGUUCCAUAGGGACUACCCACUGUUGACUUCCUCACAAAGUGGUACUAAUUUUAUUGACCCCAAUGGGAUGAUGGGUCAAGUCUCUCCA